AUGAACUCGAAAACUCUCCUCUUCAUGCUCCUUCUGGCCUUAGUUGUGAUUUUUGCCUUAGUUUGCAUCUUGUUGAUUAGAGGUCCAAACCACGCUAGCUGUGCCGACCAGGUGCAAGGCUCACCGGAGCAUCCGCACAGCGACAGAAGUUGGGUCUUUGCUGAUCUGACACAAGAGGAACUGGUCCAGGUGAUACGGUACCUGAAGUCCAACCUUGGGGCAGGCUUGGUGGAUGCGUCUCGUGCCAAUCCUUCGGAAAACUGCAUCUAUUUGGUUGAUUUGCAGUUGCCACCCAAAGCAGAGACUUUGUUGUUUCUGGAUUAUGGAGGAAGCUGCCCGGCUCGGGAGGCACUGGCUGUGGUAUAUUUUGGAAACCAGUCCCACCCAAACGUCACCGAGUUUGUGGUGGGCCCCCUCCCAGAGCCGAUGUAUCACCGCGACGUGACAGUGCAGAAGUAUGGAGGGCCGAUACCCUAUUAUCGCAGGCCCCCACUAGAUGCCGAAUACAAGCAGAUGGCACGCUUUCUGCACAGUGCCAUUUUCCCCACAGCUCCAAGCUUCAUGCAGAAGGUGCUGCAAUAUGAUGGGACCAACCUAGUUGCCAUGACCACAUCUCCCCGGGGACUGAAGUCUGGGGACCGUGCCACUUGGCUAGUCCUAUUUCAGAAUGUAACUGGGUUUUUUUUGCACCCAGUCGGGCUGGAGGUGCUGCUAGAUCACAGCAGCCUGGAUAUCUCCCACUGGACUCUGAAGAAAGUGUUCUACAAUGGGCAGUACUACAGAGAUUUGGCAGAACUGGAGAGAGAAUUCACGGAGGGGCUUCUGCAUGUGGGGAUGGUCCAAAGGGUCCCAGCUGAUGGGGAUUUUUCCUCCAUGAAGCCCAGGGUGCAUCCUCCUGGGCUGGGCCCUUUGCAUUAUGAGCCUUAUGGACCACGUUACAUUGUGAGAAAGAACCAAGUCACUUCCUCCUGCUGGAGUUUUGCCUUCAGGAUGGAUGUGAGCAGAGGGCCUUGUCUCUUUGAUAUCAAGUUCAAGGGCCAAAGGAUUGUCUACGAGCUCAGCGUGCAGGAUGCCAUGUCUGUCUAUGGCUCCAGCAACCCUGGUGGAAUGUCCACCCGGUACAUGGAUGGGAGCUUUGGGAUUGGAAGGUUCACGUAUCCUCUGGUCCGAGGGGUUGAUUGCCCUUAUUCUGCUAGCUAUCUUGAUGUUGACUCUUUAGCUCAAGCAGAAAGGCCCAUUGUUAGCCGAGAUGCCUUCUGUGUAUUUGAACAGGACAUGGGUGCUCCGCUUCGGCGCCAUUACUCCAAACUUCAUUCUCUCUACUAUGGGGGGCUGCCUGGCACUGCACUGGUCUUGCGCUCCGUGACCACCAUGGGCAACUACGACUAUGUUUGGGACUUUGUGUUUUAUCCAAAUGGAGCCAUUGAAAGCAAAGUCCGAGCCUCAGGUUAUAUAAGCUCGUCUUUCCUCUAUGCCGAUGGGCUAGAUUUUGGAAAUCGAGUUGGAGACCACACCUUGGGGACAAUCCACACCCACUUUGUUGGCUACAAGGUGGACCUGGAUGUUGGUGGUAAGUCCUUACCUGCUCCUCCACUGCCCCACCGCUGCUCUGGUCGCAGUGCUGUGCUGCUCAAAAGGCCAUGCACGGCUGCUUCCUUGUUCUCAGCAGCCCACGUGCGGUGUCGGCACGCACAUGGUGUCCGCGCUGAUGCCAUGCGCAGGCUGCUGGGAACAGGAAAGCAGCCAUCAGCACAUGCCAGCAGCACGACGCCACCACCGGGAUGGCAGUGGGACAGCAGAGGAACAGUUCAUGCAGCCUUUCCUGAGAUCCUAGCUCGUCAUGUCUGA